AUGGAGAUUCAGCGCCCUGAAUUCGUCAACUACACUUUUGUCGGUUAUGUGCCCAAUCCAGAUGGUCGCGGCACUCUUUCGCUGCUCUUCUCAUGUCUCCUGACGCUCAGUUUGUGCGUUUGGUCCGCUAUCCACUUGGAUCUCCCACCAUACGGUGAGAGCGACAUUGAGUACACCUACAGAUAUCUGAAAUGGGGCGUACUGGGGAUAUUUGGGCCCGAGCUCGUCAUCUGGGCGGCAUGGCGCCAGUUCAUAUCCGCUCGUACACUGACCAAGUUUAUCAAGGAGGUUGUGCCCAGCAACAACGGCCCAGACAUGAGCGGGAGACAGCGGUGGACCAUGGUCCAUGGCUUCUAUGCAGGCAUGGGUGGCUUCGUCUUCGAUACAGCCACCCCGGAAAUGCUACACGGUCCACCAUUCAUACCCCAGCGGCGUCUCCAUGUAACCCCACGAGGGAUCCAGCUCCUCGCGAGAUGCGGCCUGCUGCCCGACAUCUCCGUCGAAGAGAUCAAAGACAAAAGCAAAACCGACGGGUCGGGAAAGCUCAUCUGCUGUAUCCAAGUCGGCUGGAUGGUGGUGCAAGCUAUUGUGCGAGUAGCAGCGGGUCUUCCGAUAAUGCCGCUCGAAACAAACACCAUCGGACACGUUGUUUGUGCAUUGAUCAACUAUGUCCUCUGGUGGUAUAAGCCAAAAUGGAUCAAAGAGCCCACGAUACUAAGGGGAGCUUGGACGCGAGAGAUAUGUGCAUUCAUGUACAUGUCUAGCCAAGUCAGUCAGGAGAACAGGGCCAAUCGAGACGUUCUACGCGACUUUGGCGUCAAGACGGAAAUGAGCGGAGUGUUAUACACACCGAGUCACUCCAGCUCAGAGGAUAUACACUGCCAUACAGGAUCCGAAGAGGAUAUUCAAUCUACGCCACCAAACAGGGCAUUUGCAACGAAAGGAUACAUGGCAUUCAACGAUGAAUUUGAAGCAUCAGGGCAGACUCUUCACAUAGAGGAUGCCGUUACCAAGACGACUACAUCGGCCAUGCGGGACGUCAGAUGGCAGCUCGCCUGCGACGCUAUCGAACGAUACCCAGCCAUUCACGAACGUCUCGACCCAAGCGACCAUGCUAAGGCAAACCCAAACCUAAGCUGGUGGUGUAUAUCAGAAGAGCUCGUCGUCGAACGUCCCCGAAACUGGCCCGGCGAUGACCUGCUGCGUCACAUGCAGGGCCACUUAAUGGGAAUUAUCCUAUGGAGUUCCAGCACAGUAUACGGCGCCGUUCACAUCGCCGGGUGGAACGAGAUAUUCCCUACGACGAUCGAGUCCUGGUUUUGGAGAGCGUCGGGCGUCUACAUUGUCUUCAGCGGAUUGUUGUGGUCGUUGCUGAACCUC